UAACAUUAUCUGAAAGCAGCAUUGGUGUUUGUGAAGCUGCAUCUGUGGACUUACUUCGGAGUGUCAUGGAGCGACCACUGUCUGUGCUUGUAGCUCUUGUCCUGGUGUCAUUCUGCGAAGGUGGGAACACUCCAGAAUGUUGUCUUGGCAAACCAUGUCCCGAGUACCAAUUGGUUAAUAAAACCCAGGAUUUCGAGGAGCGUCUAUAUGUUGCCACAAGCUGGAUUACCACCACAGUCAAAACGAACAACGGACUAGGUGUCAUGGCUGCAAACUCGAAGCUGAAAAAUUACUGCAAGAAACACAACCAUGCAAGCCAAGAUGUUCCGAUCCGUGUAGACACCUGGCCUGCACUGCUCACCAUUAAUCAGGAGGGUUCCCUGUCCUGGUUUAUUCCUCCUGGUCCCAUGCCUAACAUCACUGAUGAAUCCAUCAGACUGGAAACAAGACCUGAGGCCACUGUCUACGUCAGGGUGUUUGCUCGAGCUCAAGACCUUAAGACUGGUAGGGAUACUGCAAAGGAGCUGCGUGAUGCCUUGACCAAAGCUGGGAAAACAUAUGAUCUCCAUACUUUCUCUGGGGCUGCCUAUGGAAAUUACUUAUCUUCGAAUUACCACAAUGAGGUCUGGAUCUAUGCUGCCUGAUGACAACAUGCAUCAUCAACUGAACCCAGUAAACUAUACAUCAUAUAAUUUACAUGUGUUCUCCAAUCUUAUCUUCUAAAUAAAUCCACUUCACUCUGAAGUUAAAUGCCAAACAAAAUUUUCUUUUUUUUCUCUACACUGUCAAGAGUUUGCUGUACUGUAAGGUCUUCAGAUGAUGUUUAUUGUUAUUUGGUGCUAUAGAAGUCAAAUUGAAUUGAAAUGAAGUUUCACAGGUAUGCACUGGUAAAUUCUAUGUAGUGCAUCAGUGUUUUGCUGCUGAAACAACAGACCACAGAAAUCUUCUGUUGGAUGACAAAAAACUGUUUCAGGAAUGUUGUGGUAUUUACGUACAGCCACUUUUUGUUAAUAAGUGACGAUAUUUAUUGUCUGCUAAUGCUUAUUUCUUAAAAACAUCUGGUGUUGAUAAUAUCUCUAUUCAUAUACCCUUGCCUUUUCACAAUAAACUGUUGACAAUUUUA